UCUCGCACACCACAGUAUUGUGAGACCUGUGAUACCCACUUUCAAGAUGCCAACUAUCACACAUCCACUGCUCAUCUGCUUUCGCUGUCCCAGGCUCCAUGGGCCCCCAGCCUACCUCCUGGGGUGCCUUCAUCCAGCCCAGGCUUCAAGUUGUUGCUGAGAGGGGGCUGGGAGCCAGGAAUGAGGCUAGGACCUCGAGGUGAAGGUCGUGCAAACCCUAUCCCCACCAUCCUUAAGAGGGACCAGGAGGGACUUGGUUCUAGAUCAGCUCCCCAGCCCCGAAUCACACACUUCCAGGCUUUGGAUACCCGGGCUGUGGCUGGGAAGAAGCGAACCCCUCGGUUGACCACCCUGACCCAAAGAGAAGAGAGAAGGCAAGAAGAGAAGAGCGGGGCUUGGGAGCGAGAUCUCAGGACAUACAUGAACCUUGAGUUCUGA